AUGCGCAGCUGGAGGUGGCAGUUCUCCAGGGUGAUGCGUCUGUGCCUGCGCUGGUGCCGGCUGUGCCCUAAGCGAGGGGGUCGACCCAGCAAGCCCCAGAGGAAGCUACGAGAGCUGUGGAGCUACUGGAAGCUGCUGCUCAACUCCCUCUACUUUAACAGCCUCACCAACUCUGACACCUACCUGGACUGUGUCUUUGAGCCCGUCUACUGGAUAGUGGACAAUGUGAGUCGCUGGUUUGGGGUGGUAAGUCAAUGGAUCACUUUUCUAUCUAGAUGUACAGUCAAAAAGCUUUGUUUUUAUUGUAUUUAAUUAAAUGUAGGCUAGUUAAUCAAAUCUCCCAUGUUUGGUUACAUUAAUCUUUUUGCUAUUCUAUUUCUUUUCACACACAGUUUUUUCACCUUUCACGUUCCCUCAUGAGUUUCUCCCUCUGUCUGUGUCCCCCUCUCCUCUGUUCCCAGGUGUUUGUGUGCCUGGUGAUUGCCCUCACCAGCUCUGUGCUAGUCAUUGUCUACCUGUGCCUGCUGCCUGUCAUCCUCAGCACCUACCCACUGCAGUGGAUCGUCUGGCACCUCACUUACGGCCACUGGGUCCUCAUGAUGGUCCUCUUCCACUACUACAAGGCCACCACCACCUCCCCUGGACACCCACCACAGGUGAGGUGCCCGCUCCAAUGCCUGCAGAAAAACUGUUUUUGGAAAACACUAGGAAGACAUAGGCUAAAGGCUUGAUUCAGAAAUAACUUCAUGCCUUCUAGUUUUUUCUGAUUGUUGUUUCUCAGGUUAAAAGUGAAUCACCGUCAGUGUCCAUCUGUAAAAAAUGCAUCGUCCCCAAACCAGCCAGAACUCACCACUGCAGCAUCUGCAAUACGUAAGUUAAGGACACUCCGUCAGUCAUCAGAUGAUGUCAUCAAGAAAUACAAAACCUCUACUGGAUAGCUCUAGUCCAUGGCACAGGUCAAUCACACUGUGUGACUUUCUCUUUCAUUCCAGGUGUAUUCUGAAGAUGGAUCACCACUGUCGUAUCCUUUCUAUCGAGACCAACAAACAUCUCAUCUCUUGGAUUCCUUUAAAAAAAAAAAAUUGUAUAGCAUUGUAAAACCCCAGGGGGGACAGUCAUACAAUUAAAUCAUCUUGCAUUCCUACAUGUUUUAUCUUUGUUAGAUCUGCCUCAUUAACUUUGACCUUAACUUGCCUUGUGAUGCUAGCCUGGCUCAACAACUGUGUGGGCCACUUCAACCACCGCUACUUUUUCUCCUUCUGCCUCUACAUGACCAUGGGCUGCAUGUACUGCAGCGUCAGCUGCAAAGGCAUGUUCAUAGAGGCCUACAACGCAGUCGAGGUGAGGGAGAUCAACAAUGUCAACUUCUUAGAGGUUCUAGGAGGCUUGACAUUCUGACUUUCAAAGACUAUUCUGAGUACUGCCAUCCAUGUAAAUCAUGUCUUGUUAAUGACAUGUGGACCAAACACCCUGAUUGAGUGAGGCCGCUUGGUUCAUGACUGUUUGGGUAGAGUCUGGCAUGUCUUUGCCAUAUUUUCCUUCUCUUAUGUGCUAGGUAUGGCAUGGUCUUUUCAUAUAGGGGAGUGAAAGGCCAUACAUUCUGAGCAAGAUGUGUAAAGUUCACUGCUGCUAGUUUAGCUAAAGAGACAGACAGCAGCUAAGCAAAGACAGCUAACAGACCACUAAGGGAGUUUUGAAAUGUAGGGAUCAAGGACAUCAGAUCACAUGACACGUUUAUCUUCAAGUCCACUGAGAAGGCUGGUGGUGUGCAAAUAACUGGUGUCAUUGUGUAUAUAACCAGUCAGAUUGUUUCUUAUGUAAUCUAAAGCCUCCUGGCUCAAGAUCACUUACUGUUCUCACACCAAUCCGCCAUGGUAAGAUGGGAGUUUAUAUACUAAUAGAUCCUAUGGCUCGGAGCCAACACCUCACUGUUUUAGAUUUUAAAAAAUGCUUCAAUCGCUCUGACUUAUGACACAUUUUCUCUUUAGCUACAGAGAAGAUGGGAGGUACCAUUAUAUAAUAAUCACCCUGGCCCUAUAACUCAUCUAGCCUAUAGUUUCCCUUAGUAUUAUGAGUUCCGAUUGCGCUAGUCAAGAGCACUAACUUGACUGAAGCUGUGGUUGUGUCCCAAAUUGUACUUUGUUCCCUAUAUAGUGCACUACUUUUGAUCAGAGCCUUGUGGGCCCUGGUCAAAAGUAGUGCACUACAUAGGGAAUAAAGUGCCAUUUGGGAUUCAGCCAGUAUAUGAAUUGACAUUGUUCCACUAGCGCUUCCACCGCAGUGUGGAUGGGGAGCCACAGGGGGAGCCAGCGAUAGGAGUAGGGGACAGACUGCUCCUCAGACUCCUUGAGCUCAUGACUGGCCAGGUAGUACAAAAGGUUCUUGAAACCACUGAGCUCAGAACUGGUGUGUUGACCAAAAUUAAAAAGGCAGAUUAAUUUGUAGAGGGUCCGCACUCAAAAAAUAGAUUUUCAGAGUUCUUCCUUUUUGGCCAGGUAGGACAGACUGACAGGCUUUAAAGGUCCACUGGGCAGUGCUGGGUUCCACUGUCAAUUAACAAACAACAAAUAAUUUGGCAAUCAUCUCCCUGUAUAGUAUGGAGUUUUAUAUGUGGCCGAUUCCACGCCAGCGUAGUAUUGUUGGUACUUGUAGAGUAUGUUGUUCCAAACAAUGUCUUUAAAGGACAAGUUUUAUUUUUUACAACCAAAUCUCAAUUUUUUAUGUAAAUGGCAUGUUCUAGAAGGGUCCAGACACCUUUGUCAUGAUUUCAAAUGUUUUUGAGAAACAGCAAAUCACUUCCUUAUCCUCCUUUUGUAGUAUGAACAAAAUGAGGAUACAGAGGCUCCAAAAACACCCAAAUAUGUCCUUUUAGAAACUGCAAAGCUCUCAUUAUAGUGAUGCAGGUCUUUAAAUGUUGUACACAUGAAAUUGUGUCAUUCCGAACUUUAUACGCAACGUUAUAUUCAAUUUUGUUGCGACUUGAGCGAUACCUCUCCAUCCAUUCGACAGGUAAUUGCUGAAAUAAAGGAUAAAUGAGGAAUACAAAGUAUAUUGAAAGCAUGGGGUGCUUCCAGACUUGUAGAAUCUAUGGCAAGGCGCAUUGAAGCUGUUCUGGCUUGUGGUAGCCCAACGCCCUAGUAAGACGCUUUAUGUUGGUGUUUCCUUUAUUUUGGCAGUUACCUGUAGCAGCAGGCUACACAGAGAAUGGAACAGCUGGAUAGGGAAACGGCUCGAGUCACGCAAAACGGAAUAUAACAUUGCAGAUAAAGUUUAGGAUUGACACAAUUUCAUGUGUACAACAUCUAAAGACCUGCAUCACUAUACUGCUUUGCCGUUUCUAAAAUAACGAUUUUGGAACCUUUGUUCAUGUGUUUUUGGGGCCCCCAUACCACACAAUGAGUAUGGGGAAGUGAUUUGCUGUUUGGGGUUAGUUUCUCAGACAUGAAAUCACAAAAAAAGGUGUCUGGAUCCUUUUAUAACAUGCCAUUUAGUUGUAAAAAAGAAAAUAUUAAGAUAAUCAUAUUUUUUAUGUUGAAUAAGACAUGCAUAUUUUAUAGCACACUAUAAGGAGUAUAAUCACACCAAGAUGUUGUCUGUAUCAUGUACGGUUCACAGAUCAUAGGGUCAUACAGGAGGCAUGUAUAGGUACAGUGAGGGAAAAAAGUAUUUGAUCCCCUGCUGAUUUUGUACGUUUGCCCACUGACAAAGACAUGAUCAGUCUAUAAUUUUAAUGGUAGGUUUAUUUGAACAGUGAGAGACAGAAUAACAACAACAAAAUCCUGAAAAACGCAUGUCAAAAAUGUGGCAAAACCCUUGUUGGCAAUCACAGAGGUCAGACGUUUCUUGUAGUUGGCCACCAGGUUUGCACACAUCUCAGGAGGGAUUUUGUUCCACUCCUCUUUGCAGAUCUUCUCCAAGUCAUUAAGGUUUCGAGGCUGACGUUUGGCAACUCAAACCUCAGCUCCCUCCACAGAUUUUCUAUGGGAUUAAGGUCUGGAGACUGGCUAGGCCAAUCUAGGACCUUAAUGUGCUUCUUCUUGAGCCACUCCUUUGUUGCCUUGGCCGUGUGUUUUGGGUAAUUGUCAUGCUGGAAUACCCGUCCACGACCCAUUUUCAAUGCCCUGGCUGAGGGAAGGAGGUUCUCACCCAAGAUUUGACGGUAAAUGGACCCGUCCAUCGUCCCUUUGAUGCGGUGAAGUUGUCCUGUCCCCUUAGCAGAAAAACACCCCCAAAGCAUAAUGUUUCCACCUCCAUGUUUGACAUUGAGGAUGGUGUUCUUGGGGUCAUAGGCAGCAUUCCUCCUCCUCCAAACACGGCGAGUUGAGUUGAUGCCAAAGAGCUCCAUUUUGGUCUCAUCUGACAACAACACUUUCACCCAGUUCUCCUCUGAAUCAUUCAGAUGUUCAUUGGCAAACUUCAGACGGGCCUGUAUAUGUGCUUCUUGAGCAGGGGGACCUAUGCGGGCGCUGCAGGAGUUCAGUCCUUCACAGCGUUGUGUGUUACCAAUUGUUUUCUUGGUGACUAUGGUCCCAGCUGCCUUGAGAUCAUUGACAAGAUCCUCCCAUGUAGUUCUGGGCUGAUUCCUCACCGUUCUCAUGAUCAUUGCAACUCCACGAGGUGAGAUCUUGCAUUGAGCCCCAGGCCGAGGGAGAUUGACAGUUAUUUUGUGUUUCUUCCAUUUGCCAAUAAUCGCACCAACUGUUGUCACCUUCUCACCAAGCUGCUUGGCGAUGGUCUUGUAGCCCAUUCCAGCCUUGUGUAGGUCUACAAUCUUGUCCCUGACAUCCUUGGAGAGCUCUUUGGUCUUGGCCAUGGUGGAGAGUUUGGAAUCUGAUUGAUCGAUUGCUUCUGUGGACAGGUGUCUUUUAUACAGGUAACAAACUGAGAUUAGGAGCACUCCCUUUAAUAGUGUGCUCCUAAUCUCAGCUCGUUACCUGUAUAAAAGACACCUGGGAGCCAGAAAUCUUUCUGAUUGAGAGGGGGUCAAAUACUUAUUUCCCUCAUUAAAAUGCAAAUCGAUUUAUAACAUUUUUGACCUGCGUUUUCUGGAUUUUUGUUGUUGUUAUUUUGUCUCUCACUGUUCAUAUAAACCUGCCAUUACAAUUAUAGACUGAUCAUUUCUUUGUCAGUGGGCAAAAUGCUUUUUUUCCCUCACUGUAGGUCUAAAAUGGGCUUUAUUUGUUUUACAUGAUUUUCUCCAAAAUGGUUUGUGAUUAAAAAAAAGUACAGAGCAUGUCAAACAUCCUUCCUCCCAAUUAAGUUUACGUGAUAAUUGCCAGAACAAUCUGAGAUACCAAAAAUAUUUUCGGCCUACGCUGGCAUGGAAUCACCCAUGUUUCACUGCCCAGUGAGACUGCAGUUCACUCUUCAAGCCAGGCAAAGUCCCCUGUGAUUGGUAGUUAGUUUUAGGUCCCUUGGCUGUGAACGGCUACUGACUUGGCAUUUUGUGUUUUGCUUUUUUGCCACUAGUUGCAAUUGGAGGACUGUAGAUGUGCUACUGUUAACCCAGCUACUGUGUUUCCUGUUAGCCUUUUUGUGGUUCAAUUCUGUAGAAUACCCAGUGGAAUCACAUUUACUAAUUAGAACUGCUGUACAUGGAUGGUCUUUUCACAUUGUUUGGUUUUGCUUUCCCUCUAGAGCUACUAUCAGACACCACCACCACUAUUUUCCUUCAGAGAAAAGAUGGUCCACAAGAGUGUUAUUUUCAUUUGGGUGCUAACAAGGUGAGACACAUUUGUAACUGCAAAAAAAAAAAAAAAAUCUACCAAAAAGUCAAGUGUUGUUGUUGUGAACAGCUAUGGCUGUUCUAUGUACACUAUAUAUACAAAAGUAUGUGGACACCCUUCAAAUUAGUGGAUUCGGCUAUUUCAGCCACACAUUGUUGCUGACAGGUGUAUAAAAUCGAGCACACAGCCAUGCAAUCUCCAUAUACAAACAUUGGCAGUAGAAUGGCCUUACUGAAGAGCUCAGUGACAUUCAACGUUGCACUGUCAUAGGAUGCCACUUUCCAACAAGUCAGUUCAUCAAAUUUCUGCCCUGCUAGAGCUGCCCCGGUCAACUGUAAGUGCUGUUAUGUGAAGUGGAAAUGUCUAGGAGCAUCAACGGCUUCACUCGAAAAGUGGUAGGCCUCACAAGCUCACAGAACGGGACCGCCGAGUGCUGAAGCGCAUAAAAGUUGUCUGUCCUCGGUUGCAACACCCACUACCGAGUUCCAAACUGCCUCUGGAAGCAACGUCAGCACAAGAACUGUUCGUCGGGAGCUUCAUGAAAUGGGUUUCCAUGGCCGAGCAGCCGCACACAAGCCUAAGAUCACCAUGCGCAAUGCCAAGCGUCGGCUGGAGUGGUGUAAAGCUUGCCGCCAUUGGACUCUGGAGUAGUGGAAACACGUUCUCUGUAGUAAUGAAUCGCGCUUUACCAUCUAGCAGUCCGAUGGACGAAUCUGGGUUUGGCGGAUUCCCGGAGAUUGCUACCUGCCCGAAUACAUAGUGCCAAUUGUAAAGUUUAUUGGAGGAGGAAUAAUGGUCUGGGACUGUUUUUCAUGUUUCGGGCUAGGCCCUUUAGUUCCAGUGAAAGGAAUCUUUUUAAUGGUACAGCAUACAAUGACAUUCUAGACGAUUCUGUCCUUCCAACUUUGUGGCAACAGUUUCGGGAAGGCUCUUUCCUGUUUCAGCGUGACAAUGCCCCCAUGCACAAAUUGAGAUCCGUACAGAAAUGGUUUUUCAAGAUCGGUGUGGAAGAACUUGACUGGCCUGCACAGAGCCCUGAUCUCAACCACAUCGAAAACCUUUGGGAUGAAUUGGAAUGCCGACUGCGAGCCAGGCUUAAUCGCCCAACAUCAGUGCCCGACCUCACUAAGGCUCUUGUGACUGAAUGGAAGCAAGUCCCCGCAGCAAUGUUCCAACAUCUAGUGGAAAGCCUUCUCAGAAGAGUGGAGGUUGUUAUAGCAGCAAAGGCGUGACCAACUCCAUAUUAAUGCCCAUGAUUUUGGAAUGAAAUGUUCGACGAGCAGGUGUCCACAUACUUUUGGUCAUGUAGUGUAUAUUCUCAAAUAGACCUUUAUCUUGAAUUUAGUUUAAUACAAUUUACAGAUAAUCAUGAUCGCUGUUUUUCCUCCCUGCAGUUCAGUGGCAGUAGCUCUGGGAGGUCUGACACUGUGGCAUGCUAUCCUCAUCACCCGAGGAGAGACCAGCGUGGAGAGACACAUCAACAAGAAAGAGAUCAGACGCUUAAAUGAGAAGGGAAAGGUAAGGAAUAUUGGGGCUCUCAAUGGAUUUACCCAGAUCUUUACCCAAAUAUCAACAUGGUGUACCAGUUUGGAAUUAGCGAGUAAAGCCUGUUUUUCUUUUGUAAGGUGUUCCGAAAUCCAUACCAUUAUGGGAAAAUAAACAAUUGGAAAGUGUUGUUUGGUGUAGAGGAGACAAGGUAAGCCCUCCAGAUCACCACAAACGUCUAGACUGUUGUGAAACCUAAAUGAUUCUUCUUACAGAGUUGAUUUGGCUUCCUUUUCUCACAGUCACUGGUUGACCAGAGUCCUCCUGCCAUCUAGCCAUGUUCCCCAUGAAGAUGGACUGGUAUGGGAAUUCCCUAAGGCUCUCACCAGAAGAGACCCCAUGACCAUCUAACCUCCCACUACUCACUGCUGCUGGCCAGUUUCUCAUCUCCACACUAUGGCCCAGAAUCACUGCUAUAGCACUGGCCCCUGGAUGGUGGGGUGAACAGAGGACUUCUCUUAGCCUCUGAGGAGUGGAUCAUUUGGGCUUGAUCGUGACCUGUAUGUCCAGGCACCUCUGGGUGUUUGGGGACCUUAAUCUGCACUCCGGUCACUGUCAUGUGAAGUGUCAUUUUCAACUGUCCUGUCUUGUGAACUGAUUUUAUGCUUUUUUUGUACUGGUAGGUAUGUUGUCCAAAGUUGACAAAGUGUGCGCUUUUUAAUUGUACUGAAGUCACACAAAAAGCAGUUUGGACUUUUUGGGUGCCAACAAAGAGCUUUUUUACCAAGGACUAGGUUAGAGCUAGAUAACCACACGCCUUGGCCAUUGUCCAUCUAUGGGUGAGUACUCUGGAGAGUUUUUGACAGAAUUACAUAAACUAUUCAUAUUAUCAUUCAGGCUCUAGUUAGAUUAUGGUGCUCAUAUUACUGAGCAGUGCCCCAGUCAAUAUCCAGGGGAGACGUAAUACUAUGGGUGACCCUGUAAAACAACACAUUUUGCUGCACCUAUCUGGUGUAUGUGAC